CGGCUCAGCCAAUCAGGCGUCACUACCGGAGUUACAGGUGGCAGCGAUAUGAUCCUGACCUCCCAUCCGCGGACACAGCAAGGGUUUUCUUCUCCGAGGGGUUGAUGUGUUGCAAAUAAUGGGGCGGCUUAAUUUUUACGUCCUUUGGUCUCUGCGUGACGCUCCACGCCAGUUCAUUAGCAAAUCCAACCGAAGGUGCUUUCAAGUCCACAUCCCGCUGCCUCUACCCAAGCAGCUGGUCAUCUUUUGUCUGGGAGAAUGGACAUGCAGUGAGACAACGAUCUCAGCAGAGGUUCUGGUCAGUGCAGAGGUUCAGGCCCAGAAAAUUGGGACUCUGACAUCUCAAGCAAGGUGCCUGACCUGGGAGGGAGACUGGAGCGCUGACAUUGUUGCAGUGGCAGCAGAGAGAGGCAGGAGAGGAGUCUAUGGCAAGAUUGUGCUCACAGUGUGUGGAGAGACGGAGGAUAAAGCCAGCGUCCUCAGCAGUACUCCACUGGUGCAAAGGAAACGUCUGUUCCCAGAACAGCACAAUGAUCUCUCCUGCACGUUACACCAAAGUGUCACAAAUGAAAUGAUAACUCCCAACUCCUCACACUUGGGGGAAAGCGUUUGCUAUGCUGAGAUCCAAGUUAAUAAAAUUGACACCAGCGAUUCUGUUGUGGGAGUUAAACCCUCAGUUUGGCCGACGGAUAAAACGCCCAGACGGACAGUUAUAAGUAAGAGGGGCCAUCUGACAUGGAGCUCUGAGGAUAUGGACAGUCUCACUGAGGACAUAGACCAAGCUUCAACCCCCAAGAGGAUGAGGCUGUCAAGGAUGAACAGCCAAGAGGAAAUGAUGGUGCAGAUAAAGAAUGAGAGCAGAGAAGUUUCAGUGUGUCCAUCAAAGCGCUGGAGCCAUUCGAUGUGUCUGAUUGACCCUCAAACAGCCAUCCUCAUUGGAGGGGAAAUUACAGAUCAAAACUACUGCAAGGACUCCCUGUGGAAGCUUGAGUUAGACAAUGAUUUCUGGUAUCCUAUGAACUCCUCUGUUUCUGGACCUGUACCACCAUGUGCCCGAGGACACUCUGCAACCUAUGAUCCAGACUCUAAGGCAGUCUUUGUUUAUGGUGGCCUGAGGGAGGGUCAUCGUUACAGUGAGCUGUACAUCCUUAACACUCUGACCUGGAAGUGGAGGCUUGUCACUGCAAAAGGGAAUGUUCCUACUCUGGCAUAUCACUCAGCAGUCUUUUAUAAGAAAGAGCUUUUUGUCUUCGGUGGAGUUGAGCCGAGCCACUCUGCUGGGGAGAAAUCCUGCAGUAAUGCUCUAUACAUCUUCAACCCAGAGUUUGAACUGUGGUACCAGCCCAUUGUGGAGGGAGACAAACCUCUGCCUCGGUUUGGACACUCGGCCACACUUCUCUCACAGAAGCUGAUAAUAUUUGGCGGCCGGAAGACUGCGACCUACCUGAACGAUCUCCAUUUUCUAGAUCUGGGAUUCAUGGAGUACACAGCUGUGAAGUGUGGGAACAUGCCACCACUGCCUCGAGGGUUUCACACAGCACUCCCAGUUUCAGACAACAGGAUUUUAGUCAGUGGAGGCUGCAGUGCAAUUGGAGCCCUGCAGGAUGUACAUAUCUUCAACACUGACACUAAUAUGUGGAAUUCAGUGGCAUCUUCUCUGCUUUGCUCCAAGCCGCGUGCUGGACACAGCAUGAUCAAUUUGGGCUGCUCCAUCUUAACGGACACUCAGAAGUACGAACAAGGUGAACGUGUCCACUGCACAUUGCUGGUGUUUGGUGGGUCAGACUGCUCUGGUACCUUCUACAGUGAUGUAGUCAAGUGCACAGUGGAGAUUCCUGCUGAUAAAUGAUGGUUUCAUCUGAGAAGAAAUCCAAACAGGACAGUUUUUGAUCUUUUUAAAACAGUGGACGAUGCUGUGAACUGACCUGAUCAUGUCACAGAAAAAUGACAGCAUCUUCAAGCGUAUUUGUCUGUAACAAUUUUUCUAUUUGAAUGCUUUUCCUCACAUAUGUGAGUUUUGUGUGAUAUAUCUGUUGCCUAUUCCUUCAUUGUAGUCUCUUUAAUAACAACCCAUACCUCCUCCACACAGGCAAUAUGCUGCAAGUGGUCGGCUGAGAGAUUAUUUGCGCUUUGCAUAACAAAUCUCUGAUCUGCAUGUUGUACACAUUACUCAUGUCCUUUAUCUCUUUGCUGGACUAUGUAAAACAGAUAAAGUCUUAAUUAAAAUUGAUAUCAAAAUGCUAAUAAAUGUUUUUAAUUCAAAA